AUGGGGAUCUCAAGCAGCCGCCUGGACAAGGGCCUGACGGCGCUGCCCGACGGCGAGCGGUACUUCGGCCUGGAGAACUUCGGCAACACGUGCUACUGCAACUCCGUGCUGCAGGCGCUGUACUUCUGCCAGCCCUUCAGGAAGGGCGUGCUGGACUACUACGCGCAGUGGGUGGAGCGGGAGGUGGAGGAGACCAUCCUCACGGUGCUGGGAGAGCUGUUCCAGCAGGUCCGGUCGCAAAAGAAGAAGUCGGGGGUGCUGUCGCCCAAGCGGUUCGUGCAGAGGCUGAAGAAGGAGAACGACCAGUUCUGUGGGUACAUGCACCAGGAUGCCCACGAAUUUCUGAACUUCCUGCUCCCCAAAAUCACUGACAUCUUGGAGAAAGAAGAGAGGUCCAGGUUGCGUGCUGGCCCUAACGAGCCUGUGGCCACAUGGCUGCAGCAGAUCUUUGAGGGCAAGCUGGUGUAUGAGACGCGGUGCCUGCAAUGCGAGACGGUUACAUGGACAGAACAGUCUUUCAUGGACCUGCAGCUGCCGAUUGAGCACAACUGGUCACUCACCAGCUGCCUCAAGAAAUACAGUGCUACAUCGGUGCUCUCAAAGGAAGACAAGUACUUCUGCGAGGUGUGCCAGUGCUUGCAGGAGGCACACAGACGAACCAAAAUAAAGCACGUGCCACAGAUUCUGAUCUGCCACCUGCUAAGGUUUGAUCCCAGCCAUCAUCUUAUCGCGAUGGGAUGGCUGUGCAGGCUGCGGAAAUUGAUGCAUCGGGUGGUGUUCCCGAUGGAGCUCAAGCUGUGCAUAACGACAGAUGAUACGCCUGAAUCCGAUGCCGUGUACAACUUGUUCGCCCUUGUGGUGCACUCUGGCAGCAGCAUGAAUCAUGGUCACUACGUGAGCCUCAUCAAGAGCAGCGGCCACUGGCUGCUGUACGACGACGACCACGUCACCCCCAUCCCCGACAGCAAGGUCCAGAUGACCUUCGGCUCCCACAUGCCCUACGGCAAGAACACCGAGCACGGCUACAUCCUCUUCUACGAGCGCGCGGACGUGCGCCCCAUCAGGCCCCUGCCCCGCAUUCCCAGUCAGGCCAGCAUCUCCAGCAGCUCGGACGUCAGCCACAACAAGUUUCGAAAGUCACCUUCACGAACUGCCGGCAUCAGCGAGCCUUUAGGGAGGACUUACAGCGAGCCUGCGCCCGAUUAUUUGGACUCCGGCGGAGCGGCCAAGCCUCCGCGGGGGGCGUCGGAGCUGUCGCGCGGCAGCAGCGAUGCUGGGCACGGCAUGGGCCACGAGCCUUUGCAGAGCAAGUCGGGCAAGUCGCGAUUCGGGCUGGGCUACCUGCGUGGGUCGUCCAAGAGCUCCAGCAGCGCGGACGGGUCCAAUCACGGGAGCGAGGGCAAGGGCCGGCGGCACAACGGACUGGGCUCGCAGAAGAACCCGUUCUCCAAGAGCCUGUCGUCGCUGGGAACCCUGCAGAGGACGUCCUGA